GACCUGAGCUGAGCAGGUCUGCAUCGCGCUCAUUACUAAUGUCGCUCACCCGACAAGAAGCAUCGAUUGAGAAGAUCAGAUGUGUAAAAGAAAUCCCAUGGAAAGGAUAUCUGUGAGAAUGAACCUUAGUGCCUAAAGCCGGACUCCUACUUUGGGCACAUGGUCCAUUAGAAUGAGGCUAAACAUGUCUGAAAACCACAUCAAUUGCACCAUUGAGUCCAAAAUUCACCAGUACAUCUUUUCUGGCACUUACAUCCUAAUCUUAAUGGUAGGAUUUCCUAUCAAUGCCUUCGCUCUCUACCAUGCCUGGCUGCAGCUGAGGGCUCGCAAUGAGCUGGGUGUCUACCUGCUUAACCUGACAGUGUCUGACCUCCUGUACCUGGUCUCUCUGCCUUUCUGGCUGCAGUACAUCUUUUCUGGAGAUAACUGGGCAUAUGGUGAGUGGGCCUGCCGUGUGUGUGGCUUCCUGCUCUAUGACAACAUCUACAUCAGCAUCGGCUUCCUGUGCUGUAUCUCAAUAGACCGUUAUUUGGCUGUGGUCUACCCCCUCCGUUUCUCCUCACUCCGCACCAUGAAAGCAGCAGCAUUGGUCAGUGCCAUAGUGUGGAUCAAGGAACUUGCUGUAGGCAUUGUAUUUUUCCAGCACAAGGAGCUGAGUAAAUACAAGUCUAACCAAUUGAUAUGCUUCGAGCACUAUCCCAUGCAGCAAUGGGAGCAUUCCAUAAACUACUACCAUUUCUAUGUGGGCUUCCUGUUUCCGUUAGGAAUCCUUUCCGUCUCAUACUUUCGCGUCCUACGGGCUAUCUGCAAGAGUGCAGGGAUGCAGUCAGUCCAGAAAAAACGCAUCAGAAACCUGGUCACCAUCACAAUCCUCAUCUUCCUGGUGUGCUUUUCACCAUACCACAUCCUUCUGUUGGUGCGGACACUCCUGGAGACUGACUGCUCUUUCGUUGCAAAGAUUUUUGACUAUUACCACUUCUCAUUCUUGCUCACUACUUUGAAUUGCGUGGCUGAUCCAGCACUUUAUUGCUUUGUCAGUGAAAGUGUCCAGCACAGCAUCCAACAAGCUGUAGAGGCUUGUGCCUCCAUUCUCUGCUGCUGCUCUAAAUGCAAGAACAGUUACAACACAGACUCCGACAAAGCAGGAAUACCUAUUGACAAUGGAAAGGGCACCUCUGUGGCCACACUGCUUCAGCAAAAUAAGAUUGAACUGUGAAGGGGUGAGGGAGUGUGGAUGGUUUUAUUUUUUAUUUUUUUAAAAUGAACUGUGGGUUGAACUUUUGAACAGUGGGUUCCAUUUGAACAGUGAACUGUGGGGACUAUUUGCGAAAGUGUGUUAUGUGUUCAUUCCUUUUUUUUUGUGAUGAGUAAAAGUGCUGUGUACCCCACAAAUCUCUUGUCUAGGCUAUAUGUUUGUUUGUUUUUUGUUUGUUCGUUUUAAAAUGCCUUUAUCAGUUUUAAUGAUGUGAAUCAGGGGCGUCACUAGGAAUUAAGCUUUACUGGGGCGCUGCCCCCCCUACACACACACAAUGCCCCCCCCCCGCACAAUGCACCUUAACGUUCCUGUCCCCAACCUAUGCAAAGUGGAUAAUUCUCAUGCUCUCGUGGAUGAAGUUAUGUGAGGAAUAGCUCAACGAGACAGAAAACACAUCCCAGUCCCCAAAAAAUGUAUUGUUGGCAUUUGGGCUUUUAAUGCAUGCUGAUGCUAAACGUGUCACCUCAACUCUCACGAUUCACGAACUUAGCUAGUUAGUUAUGACUGACCUAGCACAUAGCCUACAACCUUAAUCUUACCUCUCUCACCCUCUUCCUCAUCUGUCACUGUUUUCCUGCCCCGUCUCUGCUUCAUGAGAAGAAUUGUCUGAUAUCCAUCUGGAAAAGUAAUUUAAUAUCGUUUAAUUUGAUGUAGUUUAAUGGGUUUGUUAGAAUAUGGUUUGCUUAGUUUUGUUGCAAAAACUUCGCACUACCUUAACUCAUCCAGAGCCCGUUCUCUGACUCAUCCAAAGAGUAGACUCAUCUCUCCAGUAGGCUAAAUGGACUCAUGACACGCUGCACGCACGCUAUGUUUACAGUGAGAAUCUCCCAGACUAAUCAGAAAAUUAGUUAGAAAGAAGAGGCGAUAGAAGUUUGAAACACACUCUGUCCUACAACUUGCAGUAGAUAAAUGAUCUGCCAAAUAAACUAGUUUGUUACGAAAAUCUUUCAACAUUUUCUUACUAGGGCACAGCUGUUUGUCACUGGGGCACAUGCCCCAGUAAAAAAGGCCUAGUGACGCCCCUGAUGUGAAUUCUCAGGGACCUUCACUGAUAGUUGACUUUUGAAGGAGGAAAUAGAUUUUAAAGGGCCAAGCCAAGCCAGUUGAUUUAAGCCUGUGGAGUUCCCUCACUGUGAGUAACAUGAACUCAGCAGAAAGAAAAUGAAAGAGAUGGUUUCUCAUUGACAAUAUGUUUACUGUCUAGUAAAUACUACCCAUUUUGAAAUGUAUGCAUUGCAUUCUGUGUUACAUGAGAUGUGUAUAUUCUCUUCAAACAUUUUCUGUUAUGGGCAGAGUUCAGGUAUACUGUGUUUUUUGUGUUUUAGUUUCCAAUUUUAAAAUUUCAUGUGUUUACUGUGGUGUGUGUGU